AGCCCUUCAUGGAAGCCGCCUCCUCCUGCUCCUCAGCCGUUCUAGCGCGGCGCUCUCUUCGCCGCCGCCGACGGUCUUCGUCCGCGGCGAUGUCAAUGGCGGAGUGCUGGUUUUCCAUGUCGCCGGCCGGAGAAGAUCUGAUCGAGGCGAGUAUCAGUUCGAACGAACGAGUGCCGUGCCAAUGGCGAUGGAUAUAUUGCUCUAAACCUGCGUCCUCCUGCGUGUUUAUAUACGGCUGAAUCCUUGUCAAAUUAUUGGACCUUCCAUAGAUUAGUCUUAACAAAAUUUUAGCCUUCCAUACCGUACGUAUGUGUAGUAGUCCGCAUUUCUGAAAACAAACCCGAGCCUUCCCCACAAUAUGUGAACCUCCUACGGUAUCCGAUGGAGUAAAAGCUUAACGGAGGGCUUCUGGGCUCAGACCACGCGCGGUGCCGGCCGGAGGCUCCCCUCGAUGCUCUUCUCCGCCGUCGGGCACGGGCUCAAACGGCGGCUCCGUUCUCCUGCCUCGCCAGCGAAGGCUCCCGCUUCCCCUUCCGCCGCCCAUCGCCGCGGCUCUCACGCGGACGCCUCGCCCGCCUCACACGCGUCGCUGCUCCUCCGGCUCCGAUUGGGCCCCGCCCUCGCCGAGGCCCGGCUGCUGCACGCCGCAGUGCUCGUCGGCGGCCAUCGCCACGGCGCGGUCCUCUCCGCUCAGCUGGUGCAAGUGUACGCUAGGCUCGGGCAGAUCGAGCACGCGCUUCGCCUGCUCGACGGAAUGCCCAUGAGGAACUCCUUCGCGUGGAACGCCGCGAUCAAGGGCCUCGUCGACGCCGGACGGUUCUCCGAGGCGCUGGAGACGUACUGGGCGAUGGUCGACGAUGGCUCGGUUGCGGCGGAUGCUUUCACGUACCCGCCCGUCAUCAAGGCAUGUGCCGCGCUCGGAGCGGUUGAGCAGGGCCGGAUGAUAAGAGAGCAUAUGGAGGCAGGCGUUGCUCGUGACGACGCGAAGCCCAAUGUGUUUGUGCAGUGCGCGCUCGUGGACAUGUUUGCCAAGUGUGGGUGUUUGGGCGAGGCGAGGAGUGUGUUCGAGAGCAUGCAGCAAAGGGAUGUGGCCGCGUGGACUGCGAUGAUUGGAGGAGCUGUGCAUGCAGGAGAUUGGCUCAAUGCGAUGAGUUUGUUCAAUAGGAUGAGAUCAGAAGGGUUCUCGGCUGAUUCGGUGAUCAUUGCCACUGUCAUUCCAGCAUGUGGCAGGGUGAAAGAGUUGCGAGCUGGAACGGCGUUGCAUGGAUGCGCGGUAAGAUGUGGAGUUGCUGAUGAUAACUCUGUUUCAAAUGCUCUGGUUGAUAUGUACUGCAAGUGUGGCUGUCUGGAGAUGGCUGAUUACUUGUUCCGUUCUAUCGAUUUCAAGGAUGUCGUCUCUUGGAGUACAUUGAUUGCGGGGUAUUCGCAGAACGGGAUGUAUGAUGCGAGUGUCAGUUUGUUUACUGAAAUGGUUGCUUCAGGGUUAAAACCAAAUUCCAAUACCAUGGCAAGUAUACUUCCGAGUCUUUCUGGCCUGAAAUUAUUCAGGCAUGGAAAAGAGGUCCAUGGCUUCUCCUUAAGACAUGGACUUGAACAGAGCAAGUUUCUAGGGAGCGCAUUUAUUGACUUCUACAGUAGACAAGGAUUCAUAAGGGAGGCAGGAACCGUAUUUGAGCUCAUUCCAAAGAAAGAUUUGGUCAUAUGGAAUUCAGUGGUUGCAGCGUAUGGUGUGAAUGGGGAUACAGAUUCUGCACUGUGUGCAUUUAGGGCGCUGCAGAAAGUAGGAUUUAAACCUGAUCAUGUGACUGUUAUUUCAGUUCUUCCAGUAUGCAAUCACCAUUCCAGGCUCAUCCAGGGUAAGGCACUACAUGCUUAUGUCGUUAGGCAUGAUAUGAGUUCUAUCUGCUCAGUCAGUAACGCACUUAUAGAUAUGUACUGCAAAUGCUGUUGCCUAGAAAAGGGCAAGGAUAUUUUUCAGCUGAUGACAGAGCGAGAUACUGCUACAUAUAACACAUUGAUUUCUUCUUUGGGAAAGCAUGGCCACGAAGAUCAAGCCAUAAUGGUAUUUGAUCAAAUGAAGAGAGAUGGAAUUGCUCCUGACAAAGUCACUUUUGUGGCUCUACUAUCUUGUUGCAGUCAUGCAGGCCUUACUGAGAAGGGCUUGCACUUUUACAAUUCCAUGUUACAAGACUACAACAUUUCCCCAGAUAAGGAGCAUUACUCAUGUGUUGUUGAUCUUUACAGCAGAUCUGGGAAAAUUGACGAUGCUUGGAAGUUCAUUUCAAGUUUGCGGGAAGGGGCAGAAAUAGAUGUUCUUGGAUGCCUCUUGGGGGCUUGCAGAGUGCAUAACAGAAUGGACAUUGCUGAGCUAGUUGCAAACAGAAUAUUUGAGAAGAACCCCAGUGAUCCUGGCUAUCAUAUUUUGCUGUCCAAUAUGUAUGCUGAUGCUGGAAUGUGGUCUGAUGUGACGAAGAUCAGAACCAUAAUAGAAGAGAGGAGUUUGAAGAAUAUAACAGGAAACAGUUUGUUUUAAGUUGAUCGGACCCUAAGUUGUGGAUCGCAUAUAUUAAUCAGUCUUUUACUAAACCAAGAGAAGCACUAACGGUUUGGUUAGGAAAAUACACCUGAAUAGGCGUUCCAAAAAUGUCAGGCUGUCAUCUAUACUGCCAAUAUUCAGAACUUGAGGAAAAACCUUAUGGUUAAAUUUGUCCCAUGUGAUGGAUAUAGAAUACAAGUUUAUAACUGCUGAUGUGCACAGAUAAUGUCGAGCCUGUGGGAACGUAUGUCAGAGAAACAGCUACUGUCUUCAGCAAGCUCUUAGAAGAUUUUCUUCAUAGAAACAAUUCCAUAUCUGUGGAUACAGGCGAAUAAAAGGAUUGUUUUCAUGACUUCACCAAGUACUCUGUUACUAUAAUGUACAGCUAAUGGCAUGAUAAAUCAUUAUAAGGGAACAAAACAAAAUGAUACUUCUGAGCUCAGUGUUCGGAAGAAACAUCAACAGCCCAGUCCAAGUUUGACGUCCAGAACUCCAGAUGUCGAUGUUUCAUAAGAAAAUAUGGGGCUAUGCAUAUUGGAUUCUGAGGGCAAAAUCAGAAGCCCUUCCGACGCGGCAACUAGAUCGGGCGACACAUAGGCCAGGCAUCUAAAUGUAGCCUCUCUCGUCACAGGGUUCAGCAUACUACAAAGCAUGCUCGUGCUUAAAUCUCUUCACCUAUUGCUAUCAUACAGCAGCGACAAUGUUUCCAUCAAAUAGCGCCAAAGGCAGAAAGAAUAAAGUGGAUUACGUAAAGCAAUCAGAUUUCUCUUCUGAUUCAAGGUAUGACCACAUACACACAAGGAUGAUCAAUCAGUGGAAUUGUUGAGCCUAGGCAAAAGAGUGGGUUCACCGCAUGUCUACAUCAGAUAGUGGAUUCCCUGCCUAUCUGAUUGUUGCUGCUGUCUGAAGUAUAUGCAGAGGACAGCAAGUUGGCCUAUUAUUACAGCUUUUGUUAGAUCCAUUCUGUUUCCAGGAAUUGGUGGGACAAGAGGCUGCUAACUUACUGACUUUUAUGUCCGUGGCGGCGAUGCAUUGACAUACUUCCUAUCGUUUCUUACUUUUGAAAGCAGAAACGUCGCUGUUUGAUCUUAUUACUUGUUUCUGGAGAGUUGUACUCCCACUGUAAAGAAAUAUAAGAGUGUUUCGCUACUUUAGUGAUGUAAACACUCCUAUAUUUCUUUACGGAGGGAGUAUCUUGUAUGACCCCACUGUUCAAGUAGAGCUUCUGUGACUUUUCA